AUGAACGAAGCCACUCCUCUUCAUCAACAGCAAGAACAAUCACCUCCUGCUGAACAACCAUGCCCAGAACAAGUACUCUUCCAUCAUCCACCACCAGCAGCUUUUACCGACAAGUACAUCAUCACCGGGGAGCUUGGGUCUGGUGGUUUCGGCUUCGUAGUCACUGCCAUAGACUCUUCUCGUCGAGAGUGGGCUGUUAAAUUCAUCUACAAGGACCGCAUAUCCGCCGAAAACUGGUGUCAAGAUAAAUUACUAGGACGAGUACCUCUAGAAAUCCAUAUAUUAAGCCGUAUGCAUCACCCUUCUAUCAUUGGUAUGGUCGACUAUUAUGAAAACGAUGCUUUUUGCAUACUGGUCACUGAAUUACACGGGGCUGCUUGGAAGGACGAAGUAGUCUGUGACGCUAUCGACUCUAUAGAUGGCUCCACCCAGCUCUUGUCUAUGACGGAUCGUGUCUCUAGUAUUGUCAUCGCCGCGUCAUCGCCAUUUGGAUCAUCAAAAUUGCAAUUCAACCAACAAUUACCUUUCCAUCUACCAACACCGUCAGCCGAUUGUAUGAUACCUGAACCUUUGAUAAGGAGAUCCAGUAUGGACUUGUUUGAAUGUAUUGAACAAUGCGAUCACCUGACUGAACCGCAAGCUGCAUAUGUCUUCAAACAAGUAGUGGAUGGUGUGAGAUUCAUGCAUUCCAAGAACGUAGUGCAUCGUGACAUCAAAGAUGAAAACAUUGUAAUUGAUGAUCAAUUCCGAGUCAAGAUAAUAGAUUUUGGAUCGGCUGCAGUUGAUGUCGGUACACCAUAUCGAACAUUCAGAGGCACAAUCCAAUACGCAGCUCCAGAAAUAUUGAGAGGGGAAAAGUAUCACGGUCGCCCUUGUGACAUAUGGGCUUUGGGUAUACUGCUGUACAUUAUAUUAUACGGCGAAGUACCAUUCUCAUCUGGUGAUCAAGCCAUCAGUGAAUCACCAAGAGCACCACGCUUCCAAACAUCCGCUGAAUGCCAACACUUAAUAUAUUGGAUGCUACAAAAGAAGUCAACAAGGAGGCCGACCAUUGAACAAGUGUUUUAUCAUCCAUGGUUGUUACGUGUGCCUACACGUACAUCGUCUCUAUGA